GUUAGUACUAUCCGGAAUCCUUGGGACGUCCAUACCCUUAACCCUAACCAUAACAUUAACCCCUACCCUUAACCAUAACCCUUACCUAAUCCUUAACCAUUUAUUAUUUCAACUUCAAUGGGGGGUAGGGACGUCCAAAGGAUCCCGGAUACAAGAACCGAGCCAAGAGGGUCUAGUGCGCGGUGCGCAUCUGCGGUCUUAGAGCUGUUAGAAACGCACGGAGUUUUUUCAUGUUUUCUUCGAAUAACUGGCGCUCUUUUUCACUUAUGCUCGCAAGAAGAUAAGAAUCAUGACCAACACUAGUGUCAAAACACAUAACUGUUUGUUUUACGCAGAGUAUAAAAAGGAACUUGGCUGACGGAAAACCCAAUUAUCCCCUUUUAUCAAGAUGACAACUCUCGAUAUAUAGACAGGUUUUCCCCUCCACCCCAGGCAGGCCUGUGCCCGCCAUGAUGAGCAGCUCAUCCAGCCCAGCUGAGUUCUACGGGGACAGCACCUCCCUCCUGUCCAUAGACUCCAGCGUCUUCUACAGCGAGCCCCCUCCUGUCUGUGACGGCCCACUGGACUUCUUCACCAUCAACGUGGGUGGCAGCCGCUACGUUCUCUCCCAGGAGCUGCUGGCAUCCCACCCAGAAACCCGGCUGGGCAAGCUGGCCCUGUCCACACGGGACUCUGCCCUGGAGCUCUGCGACGACGCUGACUUCCUGGAGAACGAGUUCUUCUUCGACCGCAGCUCACAAACCUUCCAGUAUGUGAUAAACUUCUACCGCACAGGCCACCUGCAUGUCAGGGAGGAGCUGUGCGUGCUCUCCUUCCUUCAGGAGAUUGAGUACUGGGGCAUCGAUGAGCUCCGCAUCGAUCCCUGCUGCCGUGACCGCUACUACCGCCGCAAGGAGCUCAAGAAGAGCCUGGAUGUACGGAACGAGGCUGAGGCCGACGAAAGCGAGGACGAAGAGUUCAACGGCGCUGCGUGCCCGGAUCUCCGGCGGCGCCUGUGGGACCUGCUGGAGAAGCCAGAGUCUUCACGAGCGGCACGCACCUUUGGCACGCUGUCCAUCAUCUUCGUGGCGGUGUCCAUUGUCAACAUUGUGCUCAUCUCGCUGGACCUGGGGGAUGUGGGAGGGAACGGGAUCGGUGACGAGAGCGGGGGCGAUGACGGGGGUACACCUUUCUUCGUGGACGCACUGGAAUAUGUGUGCGUGGUGUGGUUCACCGGCGAGCUGGUGCUGCGCUUCGCCUGCGUGCGCGACAAGUGCCGCUUCACCCGUAGCGUUCCCAAUGUGAUCGACCUGCUAGCCAUCCUACCCUUCUACGUGACGCUGGCAGUGGAGAGUCUGCACGGUGGCUCCACAGAGCUGGAGAACAUGGGCCGCGUGGUGCAGGUGCUCAGGCUCAUGAGGUCCCUCCGCAUGCUCAAACUGGGACGCCACUCCACAGGCCUCAAGUCCCUGGGUCUGACCAUCACCCAGUGCUACGAGGAGGUGGGUCUCCUGCUCCUCUUCCUCUCUGUGGGCAUCUCCAUCUUCGCCACGGUGGAGUUCGCCCUGGAGCAUGAGAUCCCCGGCACCACCUUCAGAAGCGUGCCCUGUGCCUGGUGGUGGGCCACCACCUCCAUGACCACGGUUGGCUACGGAGACAUCUGCCCCGACACCACCCUGGGCAAGGUUCUGGCCUUUCUCUGCAUCCUGUCUGGCAUCCUCAUCUUGGCACUGCCCAUCGCUAUCAUCAACGACCGCUUCUCUGCCUGCUACUUCACCCUCAAGAUGAAGGAGGCGGCGCUGCGGCACGGGGAGGCGCUCAAGAGGCUGGCGCGGGGUUCGCUGGGUGACGCGGAGGUGGGUGGGGCAGCAGGGGGAGGAGGGAUGAACCUGAGGGAUGCUUACGCCAGGAGUGUGAUGGAGAUGCUGAGGCUGCAGGGGAGGGAGAGGGCCAGCACACGGAGUAGUGGAGGGGGCGAGCUCUGGUGGUAGUGUGGAGGACGGACCACAAGGGCAGCUGUGGAGAAAAAGCUAUGGAAAAGUCAAGUGGGUUAAAGAUGGAAUCCGCAGUAGGGGGAAACAACGCUACUGGCUGCCUCACCACUGCUGUUAUUGUUUUUGUUGCUGAGCUGAGGAGCGUCGAGCAGCAUGGUAAAAAUAAAAAUCGGUACAUAUUGUGCUCUUUUAUCGCACGUGCAAUGAUGUCAGAGGGGGGAAAACAGUGCAAAUGGACGUGGGUGUUUCACCAUUAAGGAUUCCAGCUUUAAGAAACCAUCAGAAUAUGACAACAAUGUGUACAAUGUAUAGGACAUAUCUAAAGGAUGAUGGGUGGACAAUUACUUUUAUGUCACCUGAAAGAUUCGCCACAACUUUCAUGGCUAACCUUUCUUCAGUGUUAUGUUCUCUGACACAACUGUUGCAUGUUCUGUCUCCUCUGUAUGUCACAUAGACAAGAUGUACAGUAUAGACUGAAUGUUGUUAUAUUGUGUUUGAUAUUUUAUAAUUUCUCUCCAUUGAAAGAUGCAGUAUAGAACAGCACAACAUGAUUUCAUUGGAGAGCAAUAAACAGAUUUUCCUUCUUCUUCA